AGCUCAUCAAGACAUUUCACAAUAAGAUACACAUUCUGUUAACAAGCUGAAAAAAACUACACCAUGAAGUAGAAAGAAGUUUUCCGAAGAAGCGGUGGAAGUUUCCAGGUGUAUGACAAAGCAAAUCCAGGCAUUCUUUGGCUUCAGAGCAAACCCCUAUGAUUCUAAUAUUUAUUGUUAUGUAAGGAUGACCUAAAAAACAUUUUGAGAUUGUGUAACAUCACAUAAGACACAUUUUAUGACUACCAUUCUCUAGUUUAAAACCUCUACCUAAGACACAUCUGCUUUUCCUGAGGGAGACACACUGUUUUCCAUCUUUUGAACUUGAAGACAUUUCCUACACAGCCAGUGAUACUUAUAUGAUCCGUAUUCACUCUCAUUGUGUGCAGCUAUGUUAAAAGCAACCAUAAUUCAAAACUUAUAAAAUUAUGUUAAAACAGUAUGUGAAUUGCAGAUAACGGAAGGGCUUUAAUAUAAAAAAUUACUUAGCAUUUACCACCCUUUUGAAACAUGUUUCAGAAAUAAAAAAUAUUACAUUAAAUUAAGUACCAGUUUAAGUCGUUUUAGUGCCAGUCCGGCCCUGUCUGCAGCUCCAACAAGGUUUAGUUGCAUCUUUGCAAAAAUGCAUGUUUGUGCACAAGUUUACGUGCUAUGCAGUUAUAGCGGUUAUGAAAUUAAACAAAUUGUGGUCCUGAUAGAGUUAACGUGGUUUCAUUCAGCCGCUUCAGAAAACUUCUGGUUUAAUUGAUUUUCCAUAACUCAUCUGUCAUUAUACUUGUCAAACCAAAUCAUUCUUGUAAUUCUGGUCUAAAAAUGUUGACUAAUUCAACUAAAUCAAGUUCAACUUCAAGUAAUAAAAAAAUCAUUCCUUUCGUCUUUUCAAGCGCAUUCGUUUAAUUUGAUUAUUUCAGAUGGAAUAUUUACUGGAGCACAUCACGUUGACAGGAGAAUUGACUCAAACCCAAAGUAAUCAUACCUUUAUAUAAUUUACCAUCAACAACAAAGGCUUUGGGCUGUGGCCUAAAUCUGACAAGCUUUUAUUAGUGUGGUCAUUUACUGUAAAAGAACAGAAGCAUUCUGGAGGAGGUGCUUAGUAACACCUUAAAUAUAAAAGACAUCUGAGGAGCAUAAAUCAUGCGAGCUCCAGUCUGCUUCUCAUUCGUCUGCAGGGCUUCAGUCUGGUCCAGGAGAAAAAAUCAGGGGUCAGAAACAUUUGUGCUGGAACGAGACUAAAAACACUUCAGCUGGAUUUGUGAUACACAAUUGAUCAACAAUGGGUGUUUGGAUAAGGACUGUGUUGAGUUUACAGGUUAUUUUACUGCUUCCUGUCACGGUGAAAGCCCAAGGAAUCGUUUAUGAUCUCCUGGCGUCAUCGGAUUGCCUCCCUGAUCUUCUGCAAGGAGGAAUAAGUGCAAAAAACAUGGACAACGUUUUCAUCCUGGCAACCCUGCAGCUGCAGAGCAGAGCUCCGGCGCGCAUCUUCCGCAUCUUCAACGCUGCCGACAACACAGACUACUUUGACUUCGCAGUGCAGGGGAAACUCAACAAAGUCAUUUUGAAAUACAUGAAAAGCAAUGGAAAACAAGGGACAAACACUUUCUCCAAAGUGCAGCUGGUGGACGGUCAGAAGCACCACAUCAUGCUUCACUUCGGUGGUCUGCAGCAGGGCACCCCCUUCACGACGCUCUACGUGGACUGCAGUCUGGUGGAGAGAGUGCACGAUGUACCCGUAGCCUUCAAAUCUUUACCGCAGGGGUCCGAGAGAGUGACACUGAAGACCCUACAAACAUCAUCUCAAGACAAGCUGUUGGACCUGAAACUCGUGCUGGAUGAGUCCAUUGAAAAUGUUGUGGAGCUUCAGGACUGCAGCCCUGAGAGUUCAAACAAUGAGGAGAUCGAAUACAAAGAUCACAGAGGACAGCAGAAAGAAACACUACAGCUGCUCGGAACAACCUCAAAGAUGGACGCUGGUCCGAUGUUUGAGUUAAUGCGGAUGAUCCAGGAGCUAAAAGAGAAGGUUGACCGGCAGACCAAAGAGACUGCAGACCUGAGGAAGACUAUCCUGGAGUGUGUUCAAUGCAAGGGUCAUUCAGGAACAGGACAUGACACAGGAAAACCAAACGAUAGGGAUUCCGAGUGUGGACGGGGGGUCUGUUUUAAACCGGGCAUGUGUAAGAAAACAGCAGACGGAGUGGAGUGUGCACCCUGUCCUGAAGGCUACACUGGAGAUGGAAUCCAGUGUGAUGAUAUAGACGAGUGCCAGUUCAACCCGUGUUUUGCUGGUGUACGGUGCGUUAACACCGUGCCGGGGUUCAGAUGUGAAAAGUGUCCACGAGGCCUCACUGGUCCAGAGAUCCAGGGUGUGGGCAUUAGCUACGCUCAGUCCAACAAACAAAUGUGUAAUGACGUGGAUGAGUGUCAGGUGGAUAAUGGCGGUUGCACACCCAAUUCAAACUGCCAUAACACAGUGGGUGCAUUCCACUGUGGAAACUGCAAGAGCGGAUACAUGGGGGACCAGACGAACGGCUGCCAAAACAUUGGACCUGGACCUGGUCCUGCUUCUAUAUCUGAAAGGCUGUGUGGAAACGGGCAGCCGAAUCCUUGUAACAUCAACGCAGAGUGUGUGGUGGAGAGAGACGGCAGAAUUAGCUGUCUGUGCGCCAUUGGUUGGGCAGGAAACGGCUACGUCUGUGGAAAGGACACAGAUAUUGAUGCCUAUCCAGACAGCAAACUUCAAUGCCGAGAUUCAACCUGCAAGAAGGAUAAUUGCAUAUUUGUUCCAAACUCGGGCCAAGAAGAUGCAGACAGAGAUGGGAAGGGAGACGCCUGUGAUGAGGACGCAGACAGUGAUGGAAUCAUCAAUGAACAGGACAACUGCUGGUUGACACCUAACAUAGACCAGAAGAACAGCGACAAAGAUCUGCACGGCGAUGCUUGUGAUAACUGCAUGCUCGUAGAGAAUCCAGACCAGCGCGACACAGAUAAGGACGGACUGGGAGACGCCUGCGAUGAUGACAUAGACGGAGAUGGAUUAAAGAACAUUCUGGAUAACUGUCAGAGGGUUCCAAACCCUGACCAGAAGGACAGAGAUAAUGAUGGUGUUGGUGAUGCAUGUGACAGCUGCCCUGAGGUUGCAAACCCCAACCAGUCUGAUACUGACAAUGAUCUUGUAGGUGACACAUGCGACACAAACAUCGACAGUGAUGGAGACGGAACUCAGGACAGCAAAGACAACUGCCCCACCAUCAUCAACAGCUCCCAGCUGGACACCGAUAAGGACGGACGCGGAGACGAAUGCGACGAUGACGAUGACAACGACGGCAUCUUGGAUGAUCAAGAUAACUGCAGACUGGUGGCUAAUGCAGAUCAGAAGGAUGAAAACGAGGAUGGGGUGGGUGAUGCCUGCGCCGGAGACUUUGACAAAGAUCAGGUGAUUGACAUGAUCGACACCUGUCCUGAGAACGCAGAGGUCACACUCACAGACUUCAGAGCUUAUCAGACCGUGGUUCUGGAUCCAGAGGGCGAGGCUCAGAUUGACCCCAACUGGGUUGUUCUGAAUCAGGGUAUGGAGAUUGUCCAGACCAUGAACAGUGACCCUGGACUAGCUGUUGGAUACACAGCUUUCAGCGGUGUUGACUUUGAAGGCACCUUCCACGUGAACACAGUGACCGAUGACGACUACGCAGGCUUCAUCUUCGGUUACCAGGAUUCCUUCAGUUUCUAUGUGGUGAUGUGGAAGCAGACAGAGCAGACGUACUGGCAGGCGGUGCCCUUCAGAGCCGUGGCCGAGCCUGGCAUUCAGCUCAAGGCUGUUAAAUCUAAAACAGGCCCUGGGGAGUUCUUGAGGAAUUCUCUUUGGCACACCGGAGACACAAACGACCAGGUGCGCUUGCUGUGGAAAGACCCUCGUAACGUGGGCUGGAAGGACAAGGUGUCCUACCGCUGGAAUCUGAAGCACAGGCCUCAAGUGGGAUACAUGAGAGUGAAGAUCUAUGAAGGCACAGAUCUUGUGGCAGACUCUGGAGUCAUUAUAGACACCAGCAUGAGAGGCGGCCGUCUGGGGGUCUUCUGCUUCUCACAGGAGAACAUCAUCUGGUCCAACCUGAGAUAUCGCUGUAACGACACAAUCCCUGAAGACUAUACGGAGUACAGAGCCAAGCAGUUGACCAACUAAAGACAGAAGAAACAGAAAAGCAUUAAAAGCCAUUCAUAGAAACGUCGAAACAACACAAACAGUAUUCUGAUCGCACAUAAAACCUGGAGCAUUUACUGACUCCGGCAUUCUCAACAAUUAUAGUUCUAAGAGUUAUGCUGUAUUUACUAAAUGAAUAGAAAAUAGCUUUAGGUUUUUGCAUUCAUUUACAAUAACAGAAUAAAUAUGUUUUAUUUCAUAAAGAAUGUAUAAACGAAAAUGUGGUUUAGACAGAAAGUUAAUGUGUCGGGACAAGGCAGUUUGAGUAGUCCCGUAUCUUUUUCAAUGCACUUCAACCAAGGUCAAGUGUGUCAUUUGCUCAAUCUGACAUAAAAGCUCUUAACCAAUGGCUUGAGUUUGGGGGCGGGACCAUCUGUUUAAUACAAGAUGGGCGGGGGCAUUGCGCAGAAGUUUUUGCCAUUUCAUUUGGUUACUAAGCUACACACUUCACCUUUAACUCUGGUGUUCCUGCACAAAAACACAGUUUUAUCCAUUUGUCUUUUUAUUGAAAGAACCUGCAAUAUCAAUAAAAACAUUAAAAAGAACAUUGAAUUCGUAACCUCAUAUGACUAUAUUUAUAUUCAUAAUGAAUAUAAAAAUCAACACAAA